GCAUUCCUUAGAGCAAGCAGCCGGUGAAGUAGGGUUUGACGAAUGAAUAAGUGAAUGAAUGACCUUUGGAGAAAAUUCUUUUCUGGGUGACUAGAGUCCGAGAAGCAAAAUGACAGGGCCCGAGGGUGGGUAGGAGGCCCACCUCCUAGAAAGUUCUCUGCACCCGGUGGUCCAGAGGGCCUGGAGUGCCCGGAAGCCGGCCGGCUUGCGCUCGGCGGCCCAAUGGGGCCGCGGGAGGGAGGGGAGAGCGCCCAGCCAACCCUUUCCGUCUGGGGAGCCGCAGCCCCGCCCCUCGGAGCGUUGCGACGUCCGAGCAUUCCACGGUUGCUACAUCGUCGCGAGGGGCGGGGCGCCUGUCAGGGAAGCGGCGCGCGCGCGGGCGGCGGGCGGGCUGGGGAUCCGCCGCGCAGUGCCAGCGCCAGCGCCAGACCCGCGCCCCGCGCUCUCCGGCCCGUCGCCUGCCUUGGGACUCACGAGCCCGCACUCCCGCCCUGCCUGUGCGCUGCCCGAGUAUGGAGCUGCUGUGUUGCGAAGGCACCCGGCACGCGCCCCGGGCCGGGCCGGACCCGCGGCUCCUGGGGGACCAGCGUGUCCUGCAGAGCCUACUCCGCCUGGAGGAGCGCUACGUACCCCGCGCCUCCUACUUCCAGUGCGUGCAGCGGGAGAUCAAGCCGCACAUGCGGAAGAUGCUGGCUUACUGGAUGCUGGAGGUAUGUGAGGAACAGCGCUGUGAGGAGGAAGUCUUCCCCCUGGCCAUGAACUACCUGGAUCGCUACCUGUCCUGCGUCCCCACCCGAAAGGCGCAGUUGCAGCUCCUGGGUGCGGUCUGCAUGCUGCUGGCCUCCAAGCUGCGCGAGACCACGCCCCUGACCAUCGAAAAACUGUGCAUCUACACCGACCACGCUGUCUCUCCCCGCCAGUUGCGGGACUGGGAGGUGCUGGUCCUAGGGAAGCUCAAGUGGGACCUGGCUGCUGUGAUUGCACAUGAUUUCCUGGCCCUCAUUCUGCACCGGCUCUCUCUGCCCCGUGACCGACAGGCCUUGGUCAAAAAGCACGCCCAGACCUUUUUGGCCCUCUGUGCUACAGAUUAUACCUUUGCCAUGUACCCGCCAUCCAUGAUCGCCACGGGCAGCAUUGGAGCUGCCGUGCAAGGCCUGGGUGCCUGCUCCAUGUCCGGGGAUGAGCUCACAGAGCUGCUGGCAGGGAUCACUGGCACUGAAGUGGACUGCCUGCGGGCCUGUCAGGAGCAGAUCGAAGCUGCACUCAGGGAGAGCCUCAGGGAAGCUGCUCAGACCAGCUCCAGCCCAGCGCCCAAAGCCCCCCGGGGCUCCAGCAGCCAAGGGCCCAGCCAGACCAGCACUCCUACAGAUGUCACAGCCAUACACCUGUAGCCCUGGAGAGGCCCUCUGGAGUGGCCACUAAGCAGAGGAGGGGCCGCUGCCACCCACCUCCCUGCCUCCAGGAACCACACCACAUCUAAGCCCGAAGGGGCGUCGUCUGUUCCCCCUUCACAAAGCCCAAGGGGUCUGGUCCUACCCAUCCCCGCAGUGUGCACUAAGGGGCCCGGCCAGCCAUGUCUGCAUUUUGGUGGCUAGUCAAGCUCCUCCUCCCUGCAUCUGACCAGCAGCGCCUUUCCCAACUCUAGCUGGGGGUGGGCCAGGCUGAUGGGACAGAAUUGGAUACAUACACCAGCAUUCCUUUUGAACGCCCCCCCCCCCGCCCACCCCUGGGGGCUCUCAUGUUGUCAACUGCUAAAAUGCUCUAGUGCCUUCUAAAGGUGUUGUCCCUUCUAGGGUUAUUGCAUUUGGAUUGGGGUCCCUCUGAAAUUUCAUGCAUGAUAGACACAUAUGGGGGGAAUAGUCUAUAUGGCUCCUCUCAGUACUUUGGAGGCCCCUAUAUAAUCCGUGCUGACAGCUGCUCCUAGAGGGAGGGGUCUAGGCCUCAGCCAGAGAAGCUAUAAAUUCCUCUUUGCUUUGCUUUCUGCUCAGCUUCUCCUGUGUGAUUGACAGCUUUGCUGCUGAAGGCUCAUUUUAAUUUAUUAAUUGCUUUGAGCACAACUUUAAGAGGACGUAAUGGGGUCCUGGCCAUCCCACAAGUGGUGGUAACCCUGGUGGUUGCUGUUUUCCUCCCUUCUGCUACUGGCAAAAGGAUCUUUGUGGCCGACGAGCUGCUACAGCCUGGGGUGGGGUCAUGCCCUCCUCUCCCAUUGUCCCUCUGCCCCAUCCUCCAGCAGGGAAAAUGCAGCAGGGAUGCCCUGGAGGUGGCUGAGCCCCUGUCUAGAGAGGGAGGCAAGCCCUGUUGACACAGGUCUUUCCUAAGGCCGCAAGGUUUAGGCUGGUGGCCCAGGACCAUCAUCCUACUGUAAUAAAGAUUGUGAAAUAAAA